CGCUUGCGCACGACCGGAAAGUUCGCGAAGGUUCCCGAAGCGGAACCGGCCGUUUCCGGAAACCGACUGUCGCCAGAGGAGUCAGACAGCAGAUUGCGGUUGAAGAGUCCUUGCAGCCGCCCCUGCGGUCCGGCUUCUGUCAGCUUGCCGGUCGCGGCAGAGAGAGACAUGUCCUUGCUCUGCUACAAUAGAGGCUGCGGCCAGCGCUUCGACCCUGAAACCAACACGGAUGAUUCUUGCACGUAUCACCCAGGAGUUCCAGUCUUUCAUGAUGCUUUAAAGGGUUGGUCUUGCUGUAAGAGAAGAACAACAGAUUUUUCAGAUUUCUUAAGCAUUGUAGGUUGUACAAAGGGUAAGCACAAUGAUGAGAAACCCCCUGAGCCUGUCAAACCCGAAGUCAAGACUACCUCUGAGAAGAAGGAAUUGUCUGAAUUGAAACCUAAAUUUCAAGAACACAUUAUCCAAGCCCCUAAACCAGUAGAAGCAAUAAAAAGGCCAAGCCCAGAUGAACCAAUGACAAACUUGGAGUUGAAAAUAGCUGCUUCACUAAAACAAGCACUGGAUAAACUUAAACUGUCAUCUGAGAAUGAAGUAGAUAAAAAGGAUGAGGACAGUGAUGAAAUUAAGAUUGGUACUUCAUGUAAAAAUGGUGGCUGUGUAAAGACAUACCAGGGUCCACAGAGUAUAGAAGAAGUUUGUAUUUUUCAUUCUGGAGUCCCUAUUUUCCAUGAAGGCAUGAAAUAUUGGAGCUGUUGCAGAAGAAAAACUUCUGAUUUUAAUACAUUUUUGGCCCAAGAAGGAUGUACAACAGGAAAGCAUUUGUGGACAAAAAAAGAUGCUGGGAAAAAAGUUGUUCCAUGUAGGCAUGACUGGCAUCAGACAGGAGGUCAGGUUACCAUCUCAGUCUAUGCUAAAAAUUCACUUCCAGAACUUAGUCAUGUAAAGGCAAAUAGUACGCUGUUAAAUAUCCACAUUGUAUUUGAAGGAGAAAAGGAAUUUCAUCAAAAUGUCAAAUUAUGGGGAGUAAUUGAUGUGAAGAGGAGUUAUGUAAAUAUGACAGCCACAAAGAUUGAGAUCACAAUGAGAAAAGCUGAACCUAUGCAGUGGGCAAGGCUUGAACUCCCUUCACCCAAAAUACAAGAUGAAAAAAAAGAAGAUAUAGCAGAUUGAGAGCAGAGGAGUUGGGGGGAGGAAUGGGACAUUAGCUAUUACCUGUUUUGAGGUUCCUACUACUGUGUGGUAAAGUGGUGACUUGCUAUUGUAAUCAUAGACAUAGAUGUAUGUAUGCACAUACAUGUUAUUAAUAGGGCAUUCCAGACCUAGUCAAAAAUAGAUUUCUAGAAACCAAAAUCUUUUCUUCUUUUCUCAGAUUCCUUUGGACUAUAAAAAUGGCAGUAUUCUUGCUAUCUAAAUAUUGAAGUUAAUAGAAUUAAAUUCCUGAGUCAGAAAAAGAAAGAUCUCUCCCUUUAAUAUCAUUCAGUACUUCUAAGUAUCAUAGUCAUGUCAAUAGGAGAAACAAGUAUGGGGCAUUUCAUGUGUUUCCACACCUCACUUUUUAUUCAUGUCGCUAUAGUACUGUGGGAUAUAAGGGUUUUAUUCAAUUCUUUUAGGUGUUUGGGUUCCAUAGUUUUAGGUGGGGGGAGGGGCUGCAAGCAGCAGAAAAAAAUAUUUUCCAUUUCAAGUUACCUGAGUCAUACAUCAGAUGGUAUUAGUAAAUUAGGCCAUUAAAAAAGGAUGGAUAUUUUUUCCUAGGAGGAUAUCCUUAGAGGUGAUGAGAAUAGUGAUGAAAAAGGAGCUUGCAUGUUGUUUAAUUUGUCAAAAAAAAAAAUCACAGCUGGCUUCCCUGUACUAAUUCUAUUUCUUACCAAGCAGUCUGAUUGUUACUGCUAAGAUUCAUUGGGAAUGGAGGGGAAAGGGUUAACAUAUAGAAUUGGAAAGUAUCGAUUUGGUCCUGAUUUACUAUUUUAUAUAAAAAUUAUGUUAAAUGACUUUCUUGUGUGAUUAUUUAAAGAUCUCUAGGUUCUAUUAAUUUUCGUGUGUGUUACACCUACGGUUAUUGACUCAUUUACACCAUAUGAGUUCACCACCUAGAAUGGUGGAUUGUCCUGGAAACUAUUUUGAAAGAUUUGGGAAUUUUUAGCUAGAAAAGACAGGACUUAGGGGAAAAUAACAGCUGCCUUCACUUAGUUGAAGGACAAUGGUGUAGAAGGCAGCAGCUUAUUAUUUUUUUUUCUCUGUCACUCCAGAGGGAAGAGCUUGGAACCAUAGGUAUACGUUACAAAGUAGACAAAUCUGCUUAGCAUUUUUUUAAAAAUUACUGAUGGAGUUUAUUCAAAAAUGAAAUGGACUGCCUCAUGAGAUGUAAUAAUUUUUCUGAUAAUUGCAAGUGUUCAUAGUAGAUGACUCUCAGAGAUGUUCUAGAGGGAAUUUAUUUCUGCAUAUGAUAUAAUUUGGUUGAGUUAGACUAUGUGACCUCUAUAAGGUCCCUUUCAUCUCUGAAAUUGUGUUAGAAGUGUAGAUCCACUAAUUAAAACACUGAAAAUAUUGGCAUUAGUUUAAUACAAAGUAAAAAAUAGAUUUGACCUUAAUAAUACUUAUCUAAACUUUUAGGCAGUCUUUUAAUCUGGUAAAAAACACUCUAAGCAGACAACUAAUCAAAUAUAGAUAUUUAUAUUUCCUUCAUAAAUUUUUUCUACUAUUUUAAUAAAAAUUACUUGUUUUAAGAUCUUUUUUGCUUACAUUUCAUGAAGACUUAGGCAGUGCAAGUUUGUAUAUGUUUAUUUGUUUAAUGGGAUUUUAAAUGCUAAUUAAGGUAUCCAUUAAAUAACAUUUUCCAUCAUGGUGUUAUGCAAGUAUGUUUGGGAAAAAAUUUAACAGACUAUUACAAAGGCUCACUCUGGUAGAUUUGAAAAUUUGGGGUUGAAUACUUCAGUUACAAAUACUAAAAUUAAGUCAUUACCAUAAAUCUUUAGAUUCUUUGUUGCUAAUAUCUUUUAUCACAGUACAAUUUGGAAAAAGAUUUUUUAGCCAAUAUAUGAGGAUUUAACAUGUUUGGGAAUGAUCUUUACAGGCAUAUCCCACAACAACAGGGCCUUGACUGACAUUUUUGCAAUCAAAGCCAUUGUAACUUGUCCGAAAAGUAAAUUAGAUGGUUUGCAACAAUUUGAGGUAGUUCUUGAACCCUAACUGCCGCAUUACUCACUGUAUACACUAACAUUUGUUCUUGUGGAACUAACUGGUCCCUGUAAAGUCAUUUCACUUUUAUGCAUCAUGUUUUCAAAGAACUAAUCAACUAUAUUACAUAGGAUAUGCCUAUGUCGUACUUUUUGCUUUACCAUAAACAAUGCUAAUAUUUCAUUAAGUAAUAAAGCUAAGAUUAUAUGCAUAGGGUUUUGGUAGCAUCAGUGAUGGGUGCAUAUACAUAGAUGUUCACAAGAUGGUAUAUUUAGGUUGAUAAAAUACAGAUUUAAGAAAUCUGCCAAGCUACAAAUGUUUUUUACUAGACUUUUAUCAUCACAGAUGAUAGUAAUAGCAGCAAACAUAUGCCUUAUUGGGUUGUGUUUUAGUUUUAGUUUUUUUUUUCCAAUUACCAUUAUGUUAGUUUAUGGUUUGGAUUCUGCCAAUUUAUAAUUCUGAAAUCUUUCUCCUCUGGGGUAUAGAGUCAUAAGAACAUCAGUAAUCAAGAGAUUAGUAUGAUAUAAUUAUACUGCAAAUGAAUUUUUCAAGCUAAUAUUUUAUUAAAAUCUGGCUUUACUGCUGCUGUUUUCCCUGGAAAUUGCAUUUUGAUGGAUACUAAUUCACAAAUUUGCACAAAACACCCCACUAAGGACAAUAGUUGAAAUUCCUGGGGCAUGGGUGGUUAUAAGGGAAUCAGUCUUACUGAAUUAUAGCUAUACAUUUGUGUAUUUUACAAAUCAUUUCCUGUUUUGAUCCUGGAUGUGAAAAUCAAAAUAUUGGUUGCUAUUCUUUAUGUAAUAAAAUAGAGUAUAGAAAGUUACACCAGCCAAAUUUGUUGUGGAAGCAAAUAAUCUUCCCUUCAUUGAUCCCAACCAUUAUUCUAAUUUUUUUUUUUUGGUCUUCCAUCCCUGCUUUGGUCCUGCAACCCACCCCAUUCCGAAAGGAAAUAGUAAGAAAACUUUACUAAUUAACUAGGUUAUUUUACCUCAUCUUUAUUUAGCCUGUUUUAUACUAUAUUGAUCACAAUAACAGUCUCAAACAGAACAAAGAAUACAUUUAACUUCAGCCUUGGUUUGUGGCUUUAUCCGGAAUCAUUAGCCAAACUCACUAUUUUAUAUAUUUUUUAACUUUCUGCUCUUCACUUCUUGUAUCUUAAGAAGAAAUGACUUUCCUUAGAAACUUGAUUUCCUUUUGUCACAUCUUUGAUGAAACUUUCAAAUGGAGAGUUGUCCUGUAAAGAGUUUAGUUAAAGGCAGUUUUAUCAAGAUGGUUCCUUUUUCUGUAAUGAAUUUGUAAAUAUUUGUAAAAAAAAAUGUAAACCAAAAUCAACCUCUUAUAAAUGGCCAUUAAUUAAAUCAUAUAAUUUUGUCAAUCCUAUCUUGUUAA